AUGCUAGGCGUUCAAGGUCCCGAAGUCCACACCGCUCACGCAGUCACAAGUAUCAUGACGAUACGAGAGACAGAGGGAAGGACAGUCGUAAUGAUCGAGACAAAUACCACGAGUCUUCCGAAAGGCGUGGGCGAAUCAGAAGUCGCAGCGUCGUCGCGUGGGAAGUCUCCAACACACCGCUCUCGUUCUCGUUCAAGCAGUCGCGAUAUUCGCAAGUCCAAGUCGAAGCACAGAGACAAAGACCGAGACAGGAAGCACAAGAAGCACAGGGACCGGGAUAAGGCGAAGGACAAGGAGGAAAGGCGCAGCGUCUUAACAGGCAAGAAGAUCAAGUUGAAAGUUCAUAAAGACGCCAGAGAUCUUGAGAUGGACGCGAAUAGGCAGAGCUUGUUGCAGUUCUUGAAUUCGACGUGCGAGUGA